UGUCCAUCCAUGCUGGUCUUCCUCUCCCCUUUCUCUCUCUUUAUCUCUCUACUCUGAAGUCUGAACUCAGCUGAGCUCGUUAAUGGCAUCUCCGAUCUUACUUUUUCUGUUCACCAGAGAAACCAGAAACCAGAGUUUUUAACUUGUAUACCUGCGGUCUUAGUUUUGAGACAAUCUUGAAGUUAGUUUAGAGUCAUUUGUUCUUUAAUGGCUUCUCAGAUCUACUUCUCUUUUCGCCGGUGAAAGCGAAAGGUCGUCACCGGAGCUAAUUAUCUGGUGAUAUUGAGUUUUGUGAACAUUCGAAGCUCUGGUAAAUGCCAAUGGCGUAUUUGUUUCCUGAAGAGGUUCUAGAGCAUGUUUUCUCUUUCAUUGACUCGGAGAAGGACCGAAAUGCCAUUUCUCUUGUCUGCAAGUCUUGGUACGAGAUUGAACGGUGGUGUCGGCAUCGGAUCUUCAUCGGCAACUGCUAUGCCGUUAGUCCGAGGAUUUUGAUUAGACGGUUCCCUGAGGUCCGAUCUGUGUCUAUGAAAGGGAAACCUCAUUUUGCAGAUUUCAAUCUGGUGCCACAGGGAUGGGGAGGUUUUCUAUACCCUUGGGUUGCUGCUAUGGCUCAGGCUUAUCCUUGGUUGGAGGAGCUCAGGCUGAAACGUAUGGUGGUGACGGACGAUACAUUGGAACUGAUUUCUCGUUCCUUUAAGAACUUUGAGGUUUUGGUUCUUUCGUCCUGUGAGGGUUUCACUACUGACGGACUCGCCUCCAUUGCUGCCAAUUGCAGGAACCUGAGAGAGUUAGACUUGCGGGAGAGUGAAGUGAAUGAUCCGAGUGGAAAUUGGCUUAGCCAUUUCCCGGAGUCAUGUACUUCACUGGUUUCCCUUAACUUUGCAUGCCUUGAAGGUGAGGUGAGCUUCUCUGCACUGGAACGUCUGGUAGGAAGGUGCACCAACCUCAGAACCCUACGGCUAAACCAAGCUGUGCCCCUAGAAAAGCUUCCCAACCUCCUCCAUCGGGCCCCUCAGCUGGUUGAUCUGGGUACAGGGGUAUACUCAGCUGAGGUCCGUCCCGAACUCUACUCAAAGCUUGCAGGUGCCUUUGCAAGCUGCAAGGAGCUUAAAAGCCUGUCUGGGUUAUGGGAAGUGCUUCCUGCUUAUCUGCCAGCUAUCUACCCUGUUUGUGCUGGACUCACAUCGUUGAACUUGAGCUAUGCUACCAUCCAAAGCCCGGAUCUAACGAAGCUUGUUAGCCAGUGUCACAAUCUGCAGCGAUUGUGGGUACUGGAUCACAUUGAAGAUAGCGGCCUUCAUGCUCUUGCAGCAUCUUGCAAGGACUUGCAGGAACUGAGGGUAUUUCCUUCAGAUCCGUAUAGUGCAGUGCAGAAUGUCUCACUAACAGAACAGGGCCUUGUCUCCGUUUCUGAGGGCUGUCCCAAGUUUCAUUCAGUGCUUUACUUCUGCCGCCAAAUGUCCAAUGCUGCCCUAGUUACCAUUGCUAGAAACCGCCCCAACAUGACCCGUUUCCGUCUGUGCAUCCUUGAGCCUCAGAUUCCUGAUUACCUUACUCUACAGCCCCUUGAUGCGGGCUUUGGUGCUAUAGUGGAACACUGCAAGGAUCUCCAGCGCCUUUCCAUGUCUGGCCUCCUCACAGAUCUAGUAUUUGAGUACAUUGGCACUCAUGCCAAGAGGCUUGAGAUGCUGUCAGUGGCCUUUGCUGGGGAUAGUGACUUGGGCCUCCAUCAUGUACUGUCGGGGUGUAAGAGCCUUCGGAAGCUGGAGAUCCGGGACUGCCCCUUUGGUGACAAGGCUCUCUUGGCCAAUGCAUCAAAGCUGGAGACAAUGCGAUCCCUUUGGAUGUCUUCAUGCUCGGUUAGUUUAGGAGCGUGUAAGCUGUUGGGUCAGAAGAUGCGGAGGCUCAAUGUGGAAGUUAUGGAUGAGAGGGAACCACCAGAUUCUAGGCCGGAUGAUUGUUCUGUUGAAAAACUCUAUGUUUAUCGAUCAGUUGCUGGGCCUAGGUUGGACAAUCCAAACUUUGUUUGGACAAUAGAUGAGAACUCUGCCUCGAGGCUUUCUUAGUUGAUCCAUCCAUUGAAUUGGUUGAUCCAUCAUUCUGGUUUGGUUUUUGCAUCUGGGACAAGGAGAGUUCCAGGUAAGAGUUUUACUUUCUUUUCUUCAUUAUGUAUUUUAGUUUCUGAAACUUAUUGACUGCACUGGUGGUAUAUUGGGUGGUGAAGAUGGAAAAGAAACAUUGAAGGGGGUAUAUAGGGCCCCAGGAGCUUAGAGGAAUUUUGUUACUUGUCUGGGGGAGAAAUUGGGGGGAGGGGGUAAUAAAGAGAUCAAGAACUUGUGAAACAUCUUUGUAAGAGAAGUAAGCUGGUUAACAGCAUCUCAGCAUGAACUGUGUACAUGCGCAGAUAUUUGCAGCUAAGAUAUUGUAUCUUUUAUCUUCCAUUGGAGGGAUUUGAAUCUAACUCAGCUUGAGAUGUUCUAUUCUCAGAGAAAUAAGGUCGGAUUAUGGGAAAAAAUUAUCUCUAACUUUCGUACCAAAUGAUUUAUUGUUACUUAUUGUUAUCAAUUAUUAGUUUUUCUGUUAUUUCCAGUGGCCGUAUCUCAGUUUCGUGGUUGAUAUUAAAGUUCUCAGAGCCUCAGAGGUCUUUUUUCAUGAAAAAGAUUCUCUUAAAGGUUUUAGCGGCUAGAAUAGAAUAAUCAUCCAUGGUGGGAGCUAGCAAUUUAUGUUUAGUUUCAAUCAUUACUUGGAGCGUAGCAUGAUUUAGAUAUUCGUUUCUCUCCUUGCUCUUGUAUAGAUUCUUCUUUCUUUUUCCGCCAGGGGAAGGUGUUUGGUAUUAAAUAAUUCAUUCUGUGA